UGACGAUACCAUUAUCAAAGAGUUAUCUUCGAGAGAUUUGGAAUUUCUAGGCAAGUGAAAUGGCGUUCAGGAAUUUAAUUAGAAUACAAUUAUGUCAGCACCAGAGAGGGAUUUUAUUCAGAGGAAAGGAAAUAACAUCACAAAAGGAUACGGGUGUGAUUUGCCCAGCAUGGCGACAGAGUGCUUUGAUGUAUUCUUCAGAGAGUGGAAUAGAUGGUGUAGUGUGUGACUACCAGAAUGGCCUCCCGACCCUCCUCGUGCCCCUCCCUUCCAGGAGAGAGAGGUGUCAGUUUACCCUCAAACCAGUCACAGAGACGGUAGGCGACUUCCUCAGGCAUCUUAAGAAUGAAGAUGGGGGGAUCGAGACUGUUGCAAUCUACAAUGAUGAUGAUGUAAAGGUGGCAAGAUCAACCAGUAUAGAUGUCUUGAUGAGGAAUCCAUUCUCUCUCAGGAUAAAUGAAGAAACCUACAGGGUAGACCCUCCAGAACUAGGUAAACUAAUCAGCGAGGAUGCCAAGACUAUGGAUGAUGUCAAGUCCAUGAUUUAUCAACUCUACUCCACCCUCCACGUGGAGCAACAUCAGCUGGAGAAGGAGAAGAUCUUAAGAGGCAAGCUGGAGCAGCUCCAGGAAGAAUUGGAGCCAUUAGAACGGAUUAAAACUGCCCUCGAUAUGAAAGCCAAGAAGAACACCAAUGUGUACGUUUGGGGAGGCCUGGGUUUCAUGGCUGUCCAGUUCGGUCUGCUAGCUCGUCUGACAUGGUGGGAAUACUCUUGGGAUAUCGUAGAACCUAUCACCUACUUCGUUACCUACGGAACGGCAAUUGCUGCAUAUGCCUACUAUGUAGUCACUCGCCAGGAAUUCCUCUAUCCGGAUGCAAAGGAUCGUAAAUACCUUGUCCUGUUUCACAAGUAUUCUAAGAGGAAAAGUCUGGAUCUAGAGAAAUACAACCAGCUUAAAGAUGAUAUUGCUCAGGUAAAUGCCGAUCUUCAGCGGCUACGAGAUCCGUUGACUAUCAACCUUCCGAUCCCUCCACCUCCUAGGGAAAAGGCACAAGAAGAGGACUUUUGAGUUACCAUGGAAACAUACAAGUUCAUAACAAUAGACCAAAAUUAUCUACUAGUGUAUUUCACAACUAUUUACGGAUUGUUGGAUAUUAAUAUCAAGGAUUAAAGAAUGUUGUUUUCUUAUGGUAUAGAAUUAGGGAGCUUUAUAUUUCUCAUCCAAGAUGUAGAACCUUUUGAAAUGAGGAAAUCAUCCUUACUGCAUAAGUGCAUAUGAAUAAGAAGGAGAACACAGCAUUCAGUGAGAGAAGAUUCUGUGUCAUUGGCUAGAUUUUAAAAUCUAAAA